AUGGCCGUCCAAACAGCGUCCAUGGCAUCGAUUACGCGCUCCAGCAGAAGGGCGCCCUCCACUGCUGCCGCCGCUGCUCCUGAUGCCCACGCCAACGCGCCCUUCCACACAGCUCGCAACAGCACCCAGAACAUUCUCUCGCACGCCGCCAACCCCAAGGAACAACAACAGCAGCAGCAGCAGCAGCAGCAGCAGCAGCAGCGUGGCGGGCGCAAGCUGCGCUCGCAGGAGGCGACACGCUUCAAGAGCGACCUGUCGGCCUACUUUCCCGACUAUGACGAGGUCAUCGGCAACGACCCCAAGGAGGAGCACCUGCUAAACGUCGAGACGCCCAUUGUCGUCGUCGACACCUUUCCGCGCUACUUUCGCGGCAAGGUCGUGGCGCCGCUGUUCACGCCGACCCAGGCCGAGCCGGUGCCCGCUGGCUACGACCACGGCGACUACCCCGUCCGCGGCUACGGCGACGCGCUGUUCGACGACCCCUUUGACUCGCAGCGCAUCAACUUUGACUUUCUCGGCAAGAGCUACAAGGGCAAGACGCUCGACAGCGCCCUGCCGGACGCCUUGUACCUGCCGAUCCACAAGAGGGCCGAGAGGCUCGAGAGGUCGAUCCGGAACACGGAAAAGGGCAGGGCGCAGCACGAGAAGGACCAGAUCGUCAGGCUGCUCGAGGGCCUGCAGGGCCACGACUGGCUGCGGAUCAUGGGUGUCAGCGGCGUUACGGAGAGCAAGAAGAAGUCGUUUGAGCCUGCGAGGCGGCACUUUAUCAAGGGCUGCCAGGCCAUUAUUGACAAAUUCCGUCAGUGGGCACAGGAGGAGAAGAGGCGCAAGGCGGAAAAGGAACGCGCUCUGGCGGAAGAGGCCGACGAAGAAGAGGACGACGAGGAAGAAGAAGACGACGACGACGAGGCUGGGGAGGAUGAAGAGGCUGUGGAAGAUGAGGACGACGAGGCAAGGCAGGAAAUCGGCGACAGCGAAGAAGAAGACGACGAUGACGUUCAUGCUAGUGACGGCGACCCACCCGACGAGCUAGAUUUUGACGCCUCGAUCGCGAGACAGCUUCGCGAAGAAGCGGCGGCCAGAGCCAACAUGGCGAAGUCCAGUCGGAAGCGACCACGUGGCGCGUCGAUUCAGCCAGAAACACCCCUGCCACCACCGCGGGAGUUCAAAUCAUUCUUCAAGAAGAAGCACGAGCGUGACGCGGCGCUUAACAAGCAUCGCCGGGCGGGGCGUCGGGUUUUGGCCUGGGGUGAGCCGGUGCCUGAACUCGAGGCGCGGGAGUUCGAGCUACCCGAGGAGUAUCUCGACCCCGAGACCAUGAAGGCUCACGCCCGGAAGAGGCGGCGGCAGCGCCGUGGUAGCAGACAUUGA